GUAAACACCUUUUAUAAAAGUUCUAUAAAUACAUAAUGCGCCCGAGUUUGCGCGAGUUUGAAUUAUAAACGUAGGGCUGGCAUUGCGCCAAACAUACGCGCGCAUGCGUGAGCUAAAUAGCUACGCAGAUUUUUCACUUCUUUCUCUUCCGAAAACCGAAAGCCGACACGUCGGUAUCGCCAUGCUCAAUAUUUUGUAGUACACUUAGUGGAAAACUGUAGUGAAAGUGAUAUUUUAAAAGUUAUUAUUAGUUAGUGUACUAAGUGAAUAUGUCGCCCAAGUGUCCAGUGCCGCCGUUGCAAGAGAUAACACUCUCUUUAGUGGCAAGACAGUUGAUACACACGUUAGCCAGAGUAACGGCGGAAGAAGAUGUGUCCCUACCAUUCGCGAUGGUGUCUUCUUACUACGAAAGUAUGGGCGCAACGAAUGACAUAUUUCAAGAUCUCAUGAACUUAAUCCUAACUUCGGAAUACCUAGAUCCAUCUGUAAGAUAUUUUACGAUGCGCCUCUUGCUCAAAGAGAAUGUGAAAAGUUUAGCAACCGGAAUGUUUCCGUGCCCUUAUUAUAAGAAAAUCCUUGAGCUACUUAUCGAACAAGGACACCAUUUGACGUCUCUCAAUUUGAAAGGUGUGUGGGUGAAAGAAGAACAUUUGACGCUAAUGUAUCACUUAAUUAAGAAUCUUACCAACCUCACUGUGCUUAAUAUACCUUAUAUAGCCAACGAUGAGGUUUUGAAGUACAUCGGUGAACAUAACAAAGUACUGAAACUUCUGGACGUAUCAGGCGAGACCGAUAUAACGGAAAUAGGUAUAGAUGCAAUGUUAAACGGUAAUCCACAAUUGACAAGAAGUUUGACAGUAGUAAAUAUUGGCAUGUACGGUGAAGAAAACAUUGAUCACAUAGAUGUAGCUUUGUUGAUACGACGGUUGCCCAAUCUCACCAACCUCGGCAGUUACUCUUACGUAGGUAAAUCCAUACUUCACAUUUACAAUACCAAUUGCCCGCCAGAUUUCAAAACUAAACUUCAAUAUUUACAUGAUGUACAAACUAAUAUGAGGACCAUGAAAGCUGUUUUAGCACUGUGUCCAGAUUUAGAGACAAUAUAUCUAGAAGAGCCUGAACAGGGUGUUUUACAGCAAAUCAAAGAGUUGAAUCAUAUUAACAAAAUUAAAUUAAACAAAUUCCAAUGUCACGAAUUACAUCAAUUAUUGGACAAAAUGGGCCACAAAAUAGUUAGUUUAAUGUUAUCCGGAUCAUCAGGAUCGUUCAACUUCACCAGAAUAGCAGAAACAUGCAGAAAUCUUGAAUCUCUAGAAUUUUUCCAAAUACAAACUGCAACUCACGAGGAGGAAAUACCGUUUAAUAAAUUGGAGCACAUCGAAAUUAUUCACGGAAACCUGUCAACGUCUUGUCUCAAAUAUUUGAUGACGGGAAGUCCCGUGCUCAAGAAAUUAAUCAUUGGUGACGAAAUCAAGCUAGAUGAUAAUGAUAUGUCAAGAAUGCUUCGUCGAUAUAAAUUCGAACAUCUUGAGGGGAUCUGGUUCCCGAACGCGCCACGACUAACCAGGGACACAGUGGAUCUAUUGAUGGAAUGCUGCCCAAAGCUGACCAGUCUGGGCCAGUUAAGCGGUUGGCAGUUUACCCCAGAUGAUAUGAUGCUCAUGAGAGCUAUCAUUGCUAGCACAAAUACAGACCUAGUCCUGUCCCCACUCGGUAUAUUCCAACAGGGCAAUUAGAUUUAACAAAGUAGCUAGGUAGGCUAUGUUGUUUAAUUUUAUUUGAUUUUCUACUGAAACUAUGGAUGUGCGUAACAAUUUUCUUUAAUCUAGUCAACACUGAAUAUUUUUAAGCAUUUUUUAAUACUGGGUAAUAAAAGAUUAAACG